AUGAUUCUGACAGGCACACCCACCUUUAACGUCCCAAUCAACCAAUCGAAUUUCAAUCUCAAUACUUCUAACGUCGCUGGAUUCUUCGGUGGAGAUGAAGCAAUCUCAGCGAUGGCUACUGUCCAUAUCUAUCGUGGAAGGCGCUGGUUAGGCUGGUAUAAUUCACCAGGAAGUUAUACUGUCGCCAAAAAGUUUGGGCAGCUCGCUAACUCCAGAUUCUGGGAUGGUCUUUUCCCUGGUCCAAAUCUCACACCCGCUGAGGUAUUUGGGCUAGAUGGAAAACCUGGCCCUCGUUAUUGGGGUGUUUUCUCGGGCACAGAUAUGAUUACCGGUCACCUGGCGUACCUCGUGAUACAGAAGGCGAAAGAAGUUGAGAAAGUAGCGGAAGUGAAAGGCAGGGAGACUACACCUCUGUCCGUCACCAUCCUCGAUGUCGGAGACGUGGAUCUGAAGCACUUGGAUCAGGCGCCGAUGAUGAGUACCCAUCAUGCUCUCUUGGCUGCUAUUCCCAUCACCAUCAGUCUCGCAACGUCUGCGAUUUCUGCUGCUUCAGGAGAUUGGCUAGCAUUCGCCCUCAUCAUGCUAGGAGUUGUUUCAAGCGGCAUAUCUUGCCUUGUCAUGGGCUCUGCUAAACUCGAAUUUGCUUCCGUUAAGGAAGCCGCUCGGGGCGUGCCGCCUGCAGACGGGAUGCUUCUGACGCGAAGCGAUGUAGUAAUCGUCAGAGGUGCAGAGAAAGACAUCGAUCCGAUAACCAAGGGAAAAUUUGUCCUGAGGAUGGAUGGGCACCCAGAGUAUAGACGAAUCGGACUCUGCUCGCUUCUCCUCCUUGCGCAGUUCCUUCUCCAACUCCUUCUCAUCCCCCAGUCAACGACAUUCGGGCAGAUCAUGUUCAUCUCAUCGCUUGCAGCCUCGUGGGCAUAUAACUCAUUUCUGUCGUCACUGGAGCUGGAGAAGAUACAAGUCGGUAUCCUGUGGAAAGCGCUUCGUGAACCACGAACGUGGAAAAUUGGACUCGAUAACAGAGCAGCUCAAGCAGUUUUUGUAUGUUUGGUCCUCAGUGAUGGCCCAAAAGAGGUCUUGCAAUGUUUCAUCCCGAAUGAAACAAGAGUAUGGAAUACGUGGAGAGAUAAAGUCGCGAAAGAACUGGAAAAACACGAGGAAGAAAGGUCCUUCAACUUUAAUGCCAGUGAUCUGCAAGGGUUUACAGGUGAUGAGAAGAAACUCCUGAAUUCAUUGCUUCAGGAUGCCGACCAUGCGCAUAAAGGUUUCCUGAAACACUUGCAAGAUAUCAAUCGGAGCCUAUGA